CGGGCCAGGGGAGCGGCCGCGCUGGGCCAGGCGGGUGGGCGGCGGGGGCGCGCUCGGGGGCCCCGGCCGCGUGGGCUCUGGGAUGGAGGGCGCCAAGGGGCGGGGAGCCGGCGUGCGUGUGUGUGCGAGUGCGAGUGCGAGGGAGGCCGGCCUUUAGUGUAACCGGAGCUACAAAGAGGGGGAGAGUCCGGGAGAGGGAGGGAGGGAGCGAGGGCGGAGCAGCGGCGGCGCCGGGACAUCUCCGCCACCCUCCCGCUGGGAAGGAGCCCCUCCAAGCGGCCUCGACCCCCUCGCGGGGCCGCCACUGGGCCCCACACCCCGCGCCCGCGCCCACCCGGAAUGAUGAAGAAGAACAAUUCCACCAAGAGGGGACUUCAGGAUGGAAAUCAUCAGUCUGCACCGCCAGAGAAGGUCGGCUGGGUUCGGAAAUUCUGCGGGAAAGGGAUUUUCAGGGAGAUUUGGAAAAACCGCUAUGUGGUGCUAAAAGGGGACCAGCUCUACAUCUCUGAGAAGGAGGUAAAAGAUGAGAAAAAUAUUCAAGAGGUGUUUGACCUGAGUGACUAUGAGAAGUGUGAAGAGCUCCGGAAAUCCAAGAGCAGGAGCAAGAAAAAUCAUAGCAAGUUUACUCUCGCCCACUCCAAACAGCCCGGCAACACAGCACCCAACCUGAUCUUCCUGGCAGUGAGUCCAGAAGAAAAGGAGUCGUGGAUCAAUGCCCUCAACUCUGCUAUCACCAGAGCCAAGAACCGCAUCUUGGAUGAGGUCACCGUCGAAGAGGAUAGCUAUCUCGCCCACCCCACUCGAGACAGAGCAAAAAUCCAACACUCCCGCCGCCCCCCAACUCGGGGACACCUCAUGGCUGUGGCUUCGACCUCUACCUCAGAUGGGAUGCUGACCUUGGACCUGAUCCAAGAGGAAGACCCUUCCCCUGAGGAGCCAACCUCUUGUGCCGAGAGCUUUCGGGUGGACCUGGACAAGUCUGUGGCCCAGCUCGCAGGCAGUCGGCGGAGAGCAGACUCUGACCGGAUCCAGUCCUCCUCAGACCGGGCAAGCAGCUUCCCUCGACCUUGGGAAAAGCCAGACAAGGGGGCCACCUACACCCCCCAGGCACCCAAGAAGUUGACCCCCACAGAGAAAGGUCGAUGUGCCUCCUUGGAGGAAAUCCUGUCUCAGCGGGACGCUGCCCCAACCCGUACCCUCCAACUGCGGGCUGAGGAAUCCCCAGCCCACAGCCCACCCCACCCGGGGCAGCUGUCCCGGAUCCAGGACCUGGUAGCAAGGAAACUCGAGAAGACACAGGAGCUGCUGGCAGAAGUUCAGGGACUGGGAGAUGGCAAACGAAAGGCCAAGGACCCCCCACGGUCUCCACCCGAUUCUGAGUCUGAGCAGCUGCUGCUGGAGACAGAGCGGCUGCUAGGAGAGGCGUCAUCGAACUGGAGCCAGGCAAAGAGAGUGCUGCAGGAAGUCAGGGAGCUGAGGGACCUGUACAGACAGAUGGACCUACAGACCCCCGACUCCCACCUCAAACAGACCACCCAGCACAGUCAGUACCGGAAAAGCCUGAUGUGAAGGACAGGAGCAAGGUCUGGAACUUGUGGGGGGCUUACAGAUUCUUAUCUCCAAGUGUUGCAGGAUAAAGUUUUUUAUUUACCUCAAAAAAAAAAAAAAAAAACCACACACAAUCAAACUCAUUGCUCUUGCUGAUGCCUGACCCCCUAAGCCUUUCUUUCCCUACUUAACUCCCCCUCAGACUUGAGAAGGAGCCGACCCCUAUAACAGUAAUAAGGAGCUUUCACCUGCACAGGGAAAGACAUAGUCUGCUCAUUUUACACAUACCUCCCACCUGCCAGGCAGUGGGAAAUUGUCAAGUACUUGCACAGCUUUCUAAGUUUAGAGGGAGCUGGGGAAGAGGAGAGUUUCUCGUAUGUCCCAUUCGGGUUUUCAAUCUGAGGGUGAAAUUUCAGCUGCCCAACUUUAGUUCCAGGAAUGCGGAGGAUAGUGCCACCUGUCCAUGCCAUAGGAGAAGUGAAAUUUACCCCAGCCCUGAGGAGGAUAUGUGGAAUUAAAAUCUCCCUGCCCAACACUGGCUUCUCCCCCAAAAUGGUCUCUGGUUGGAAUUGAACUGUGUUGGACUGGGGCUGGGGCUCAGUGGUGGAGCAUUUGCCACCAUGCAUGAGAAGCAGAGUUCAACCCCCAGUAUCUUAAAAAAGAGAGUUUGAACUGCUAGAAUCUCAUAUGUGAGGUGCUUUAUCCAUCUUUCAUGCCCUUCCAAGCAUGGAUUCAAAGAUACACCUUUGGAUGAUGGGCCUGGCUUGGUCACUUGACUAGGGAGUGACUAACAUAGGGGAAAUGGGGACAGCUGACCCCAUGGAAGAACUGAACUAAGAAUGAAACUGAUUUGCAAUUGUAGGCUGGGCAGAAAGAAGGGGAAACCCAAACCUGGGUCUAGGUUCCUCUUUCUGCCAAGUGAGGGUUUCCUGUAGUCACUCCCUGUCCUUCCUCCGGCUACUCCCACCACUAAGCAGACCAGCUUUAGAAAACAUAUCUGCUUACACCACCAUUGUGCCUGACUGCCUUGAGUGGCCAUUCGUCCUUGCAUGCUUAUCUAUGAUUGGUCCCCUACAACUCAUUUCAUUUGCUGUUUUUCUCUGAAGUUUUUUUGUUUUUAUAGUACUAGGGAUUAAACCAGGAGUGCCAAUGCUGUACUACUGAGCUACAUCCCCAGCACUUAUUUUAUUUUUUAUUUUGAGUCAGGGUCUUUCUAAAUUGCCCAGGUUGGACUUGAACUUGCAAUCUUCCUGCCUUAGCCUCCUGAGUCACUGGGGUUACAGAUAUGUUCUACCACACCCAGCUCUCUAAAAUUUCUAAGAUCAGGUUUAGUAACAGUGCUAAGGUCUAGAAAAAAUGUUGUGAAGGCAAAAUAUGAAUGAUUUUUGGAAAGAAGCGGUCAGAGAACCUCAUGGACCAAGUAAAUGAGGGAUUAAAAAAAUACAUCCCUUGUGAACUUCUUGAUCCUCUUCCCUAGGUCUGUUCUCACACCCAAGAGCCAAGUCCUAAAGUUUCACUGGGGGAAAAGGGGGAGGAAAUAGGGAUAAACUACAUACAGAUACUAGCCAUGAGCCUGCUGGAUGUUAGGAAGAUUGGGUAGGAAGGAGAGAGGCAAAUUCUUUGGGGAAAAAGAGACCCUUCGAUUCCCAUUCUUCUAUUCUUGACAUUGCUUCUACAACCACAUUAGAUGAGGGGAUCUCUCCAAGUUAAACUGUUUAGGAAAAAGGAAUUCUUGCUCUCAUUUUAGUUCCCUACCACUCACUGUCAUGAAUGUUUUCUAUAGAUGUAGCCUAUAGUUAUCUAGUCUCUUCUUGGAGGAAAAAGUAUUCUAUUGGAGUCAGGGAAAGUGCACUUACUGUCAUUCCCAGCAUCUCCUAGGUGGUGAGAUUAGGGAACCUAGUUCUCAGGUUUUCUGUCCUCCAGAUAGACUUCACUCUCCAAAACUCCAAACCUGGUCAUCAGAGUCACCCAUUGCCACAAAUAUUGAAAGUCUGAGUUAAAUUUUUAUUUUCUCCUUAUGAGUCUCCAUUUUUGUAUUGUUUAUUUUAUCAGCAUUUUUCUUUUUCUCUCUUCCUUAUCACUCCCACAUAAUGAGGAAAAAAACAAAAGCAAGAAUGACAUAAUGUGUCCCAACAUGCCAAUCAUCUGUGGUUCCCAGGGGAACCAGAAAAUGAAGGGAGACACUGGAGAGAGGAAUGGCAGGUGAGGGGAAGCAAAAAAGAAAUGUCAGCUACCUUGGGAGACAAGAACUGGGCAUUGGGUCCUAGGGUUUUCAGUCCCCAAAUUUAGCGGCUUUCAGUUCUCCAGCAACUGCUAGGAUAUCCAAGAUCACAAGAUUGGGGGCAUGAGCCUGGCUUUGAAACCAGACUGAUCUGGAUUCAAGUUCUCUAUCCCUUUUUGGGCAAGACACAAGUUUUCUGAGUGCCAAUUUUCUCAUCCGUAAACUAGAACUGUUAAAUGGGUAAGGUAGAUAUAUGAAAAAUGCAGGUCAGUCAAUAAAUGGCUGCUAUGCCUGCUAUUACCAGUGUGGCUCAGAGGGCAAUGAAUAGUAAGUUCACAUGGAGUUUACGGGGCUGAGCCCAGUUUGAGAGUUAAUGCACAAAGUAAAUCAUUUUCACUUAGUUUCAGUCCACACACUUGAUCAGGCCACAAGCUGUGCUCAUACCUCUUCAAAGGAAAGAGUGUGCCAGCUAUAAAGAGGGAGAAAACACUAUUCCUGGUCUUCAAGAAUUUCAAAACUUAACACAAAGUCAGGCUUCCCACUAGAAAAACAAAGCAUA